GUGUGGAAAGUGAAUGGGAGCGGGCGUUCGGUCGGCGAAAGGUGGGACACCUUCUGGAAGACAUUCAACCAGGAGCCCUUGGUCAGGAUGUUCAAGGAUAAGACGUCCAAAAAUUGCAAGUCGCGCUACGACAAGAUCGUUGACGACCAGAGCAAGAGCGAUGGUAAAGCCCUGCGGGACUCCGGAGCCGGUACUGCUGAGAGUGGCUCGGAGGACGACGUAGAGAAGAAUACCAAGGUCCAGCUGGUGAGGGGUCUAGAGCGAGGGUACGCACAUGGUUAGCCGUAAGUCCAAC